AUGAUGGUUAAGGAACCCGGAACAAUGAUGGUUAAGGAACCCGGAACAAUGAUGGUUAAGGAACCCGGAACAAUGAUGGUUAAGGAACCCGGAACAAUGAUGGUUAAGGAACCCGGAACAAUGAUGGUUAAGGAACCCGGAACAAUGAUGGUUAAGGAACCCGGAACAAUGAUGGUUAAGGAACCCGGAACAAUGAUGGUUAAGGAACCCGGAACAAUGAUGGUUAAGGAACCCGGAACAAUGAUGGUUAAGGAACCCGGAACAAUGAUGGUUAAGGAACCCGGAACAAUGAUGGUUAAGGAACCCGGAACAAUGAUGGUUAAGGAACCCGGAACAAUGAUGGUUAAGGAACCCGGAACAAUGAUGGUUAAGGAACCCGGAACAAUGAUGGUUAAGGAACCCGGAACAAUGAUGGUUAAGGAACCCGGAACAAUGAUGGUUAAGGAACCCGGAACAAUGAUGGUUAAGGAACCCGGAACAAUGAUGGUUAAGGAACCCGGAACAAUGAUGGUUAAGGAACCCGGAACAAUGAUGGUUAAGGAACCCGGAACAAUGAUGGUUAAGGAACCCGGAACAAUGAUGGUUAAGGAACCCGGAACAAUGAUGGUUAAGGAACCCGGAACAAUGAUGGUUAAGGAACCCGGAACGAGAAAAAACCACAAAAUCUCGGAGCGUUACGAAUGA